UCUUGGUACGACUGGCCCUUGACUUCUCGGUACCACCACGUUAGUGGCAUUCACCACAUCGGUCCGGUCAAAGUAGAGUUAGCACGAACGGAUUGUUUCUGCGGCCGAGCGAAGGCCUUUAGGAAAGUGUAAAGAGCGUCUACAGCGAGAAAGAGAGAACAAGAAGGGCGAGAGGAGAAAGAGAGAAGGAGUGACAAAGUAACUCUGGCGAGCCGGAUGAGACGCAAGGAAGAGAGAAAGAACGAGGAUGGAGCAAGAGAUGAGCGUGGGGAGAAGAAAGGAGGAAAAGGUUAGCGAGGAGAGGAGAGGAGAGAAGGCGGUUCGAGGAGUUGAGAAGAAGAAGAAGAAGAAGAAGAAGUUAAGAUGGUCCAGCUCAGGCAGCAUCACCACCGCAGCCGGAGACACGGUAAAUGGUAAGAUGGAGAACUGCGGAGGCGGCCAACGCCUGCCCCCGGACGGGGACGAAUUUCCAGCAGCGUACCAAGAAUUCAACAACAGUAGCAACCAGCCACCGUACAGAUAUAUCGCCACGACAAGGACAGCGUCGAUAACUACAAAUGAUACAGGAUUGUGCAACGAAAACGAGUCGUUCCGUACUGGCGAGACUCUUAAAAUGCUCGCGAACGAUAGCAACGUUGUCGGUUCAAGAAGCAUUAUUCUACCCGAUAGUAAGAUGACGUUCACAGGCACUGAAAACGUGAGGCAGGAUAUAAACAAAGUCGCGAAUAUGGAGAACGUCCGGUCUGAGGUGGGCAAGGCUACGUCGACUAAUGUGGAUAAUAUAUGUCAAGAUGUGAAGUCCACCGAGAUUACUAACGAAGAGAAAAAAUCGUCUUAUCACACUUCGGAAGAUAUCGCGAAGAAAAACGCUUCCAUCGUCGCGGGAAGUUCUCUUUAUUCUUGUCAGACGACUAAUAGCAAUUUAAUGAUAAGUGAGAAGAAGAUGGAGAUCGCUGGAUAUUAUCAUAAGGCCGUGACAACGCUCGAAGAAGUGCCAAGCCACGUGGAAAAGGACGCGCCUGUUGAUACCCCACCGCCUCUUCCAUUGACAGGUCCACCAAAAAUAGAGCAACAAGUAUUGCAUACGAGAAUUACUCCUACGAUGGAAACUCCGCAGAGAAAGUUUUCCUUGAACGGUGAUCUUUGGAGACAAGACGACAAGUCCGAGCGAUCUGUUCGAGACAAAAUCGCAAUGUUUUCAUCGCAAAGCAAUCUUGACACGCCUCUAUUUCCCAAUGCCAUAACAGCGGCAGCAGCCACGAACAACAGCAAACGCCUCUCCAAGUACAAGUCCUCCGAAGAUGUUUGCUGCGAUGACAAGAGCAACGAACAGAAGGAUCGACCGUCCUUCUUCGCCGACAGGACGCAGAGUUCUUUCGAUCUCACCGAUUCAACCAAGACUAUGACUGGGCAUGACUCCGCGAAGAAAUAUAAUCAGAGAGCGCUUAGUUUGCCUCAGACUGUUCAACCUGUUCUAUUGAGUCCAACUACGCAAACCACGCGGGUUCCAAAGACGCUACCAAUUGUUCCGUCGAAAUCGUUAUCUAGCCCACUGUCAACUUUGUACGACAAGCAGAAUUUCUUAAAUACGGCGACAAAAAAUUAUUGUGCAAAUACCGCCGAAAGCAGCAAUUUACAAAAUACCGUGCAUUCGAACAUCGGUAAAACUGUAAAUUCUUGUAACAAUUCCACCAACUCGAUUAAACCAACGAGCACGCCUUCAUUAACGCGAGCUAUCAGUUUUUCGGGCCCGACACCUUUUGUGCAAGAUCGAGAUUCUUUAACAACCGAUUCCAUCAAUAACUCACAAAUUUCGAGAACAAAUUCCUUAGCGUCCACGUUUAAGCGACCCGGAGAAGAUGUUAGGAGGAACAGCUUGAAUCAACUGAUCGAGCAGAGACGAAGAUCAAUAUCGAAAUUACGUGGUCUGGUUAUACCGGAAAAAGAUACCGUAUCAAUUGAUCAACCUAUCGUCGAUUUACCGGAAAUCAAAUCACGAGAUUCAAUAUUAUUGCAUCAGAUACCAAAGGCAAAUAUUCAAGAUAAAUGGGGGUCUCAAAGUUCCUUAACCAGCAACGCCAGCACAACGAGUCAGCCCUUGAAAGCGACAACAUCCUUCAAGAUGCCGGCACCUCAGAUAUACUCCAAGUACUCCCCGGCUUUCAAAAGAAAGUCUCUUACGGUUUAUGGUACUUCAGUGACGCCAAACUCCACGAUAAACGGCAGCAGCCCGAUCAAAAGUUCUCAAUCAACAGCAAUGUCCACAUUUUCGGAGCCACCGAAAAGCCUGGAGAGUAUUUGCAGCCCAACAAGAAGUGAUUACAGCUUCGAGUUUGCUUCAACGACGAGCUCACCAGACGGCUCACGUACUAGACCGAGGACGAUGCAGAGGAAAGCUCGCUUAGAUUACGAUGAUUCCGACAAUGAUUCGGCCGUGAGCAGCUCUCAGAGUAGCAUAUCUCGCGGCUUCAGUCCGCCGAUGUCUCCAGUACCGUCAGAAAGAUCUACCAUCUCAUCGGAAAGAUCUUAUGUCUCCGCGGAAUUAAACUGCCAACGCCGGUCUUUGAUCGCAGACAAUUUGAGCAGAAUUUCAGUCGCACGAGACAUCAGAGAUCAAACUACUACAUCCGAUAAAGAUCAAUUCACCUCCAGGAUAGGUGUUCUUGGUGAGCGAACAUAUCUUGCCGAAAGAUCAUCUUCCAGUAGCAGCGGGUCAAAUCCGCGCUCACCACAGCCAAAUGAGUUUGUUUCGAGAAGUUCGCAAAUUCCUCAGAGACAAUUGAGGCGGUCGAACAGCACCGAUACAAAUUGCAGCACGUCCUCGACGCUCACAUCCGGGUCUCAAGCCAGUGCCGAGUCUUUAUCCCGAAGAGUACUGAAGCCGCAAAGUGUGGAGGCGAUAAAUCGAAAGAAUAUCUUGGCAAGCGCCAGAUGUCGAAGCGGCAGGGAUCUCAACGGAUCGCCGCUAAUCCAGCGCAAGUUCUCAGAUGACGAAGAUGCUGUAAAAGAAACCGUUCAGAAUGGUGGUGCUAUUCAUCAGAUAAGCAAUAACUCGGGGAGCGAUCCCGCGAGCAAACAAGAGAUCAAGAUUGCGUAUAUAGAAGUCGCGGAUCCUCCCUUCGCGGAAGAUGACGGAUCGUUACAGAAGAUGGAGGAGAAACCUAAAUUGCCACCUAAAAUGAGUUUUCCACCGCCAGCUGUUAGACCGCCUAAAUCUGAAAUGUUGGAGCCAUCAAACGAUCUUAAAAUGUGGGUUCGAGCGGAAGUGAAGACUUUGGCGCGAUCAAUGGAAGAAAAAUCAAAAUAUGACAAAAGUCCAAUCCUUGCAGCUCAAAAUUUGGAAACAAGAAAUAGUCGUGGCUCCAUAUUUAACCAACCUGUUAUUACAGCGUCCAACGAUGAUUUGUCUUCAAAAAUUAGAACUACGGUAGGCGAUACGAAGGUCACCACGAUGGAAAUGUCGAAACCACAAAGUAAAGCGAAUUCAAUUCCUAGAAAAAAUAUGGAAGAUCAAAAUGAUCUUUUGACGAUCUUAACGACGAAAAGCCGUUCCAGAUCAGCUAUACACGUCGACGAAGGAACAUUUGGCAGAUCAAAGAGUCAGAUGAGCCUAGAAGAUAUACUUGGCGCUAAACCAGAUUUGAAGUUAUCCCGUACGCAAAAUACAGAACCAAAAAUUGAAAAGAACGGUAUAAUGUCAGGCUCGCCACUAAAAUCUGCUUGGGAAAUUUCGAAGGAAAAUCGAUACGGGAGAAGAGGCUCUAUUACUUCGAACGAGUCCUUGUCGGAGGACAGACCCUUUGUUUCGAAAAUACCCACCUUAGGGAGAACUAAAACUGUCGACAGCGGCGAUGAGAUGACAGAAAGUGUCGAAAGAAUAAAAAGUGGUGUAACCGUGUCGAAGAUUCCGACAUCUCGUGGCUUAAAUCGACGCAGUGCCAGUGUCACGGACAUGAAGAAAGCCCUGGAAAAGAUUGAUACCAGUCCUGUGCAUAAUCAAUCACAACAGACCACCGCCAGCAACACUCAUAAUCGAUUUCCAAGUCUAGACAGCAGUGUAGACGAGAAUAUUGGGACGGAAAUAGACACCGAUAGAUGCUAUGGCGAGCAAUUUGGCAGUAUCAGUUCGCUUGCCAGCAGUACCAGUCUAAUCUCGCAACAAGAACUAGCGCAGCUGGUCGAAGAGGCGAGUUUGGAAGAGGCACGUGGAGCGCACGACGUUAUAGUCGUUUUGCUUCACAAGGAGAAUCCGACCGGCAGCGUUGGCAUUACUUUGGCUGGUGGUGCGGAUUGCGAAGUGAAGGAGAUCACGGUUCAUAGAGUACUGACGCACUCCAUCGCGGACAAAGACGGCCGGGUGCAGAGGGGUGAUAGGAUUCUCAGCAUAAACGGUCGGAGCACGCGAGGUCUCACACACAGGGAGAGCAUGGCGGUACUGAAGCAACCGAGAUCGGAGGUCGUGUUGGUCGUGUCGAGGGUCAGGAUGGAGGAGGGCUGUAAGCUGAGGUCGCGAACUGCGAGUGUCGAAACCAUCGUCGAAGGGUUAGAGACGAAUGGAAACGUGGAGGACACAGCGUGGGGACCACCGUCCACCGUGGCGGUUUACAAGGAUGGAGCUGGUCUCGGAUUUAGCCUGGAAGGCGGCAGAGAUAGUCCCCUCGGAGAUAGACCUUUAAUCAUUAAGAAGAUAUUCACCGGAGGUGCUGCCGAGAAAACGGGUGCUUUAAAAGCCGGGGACCAACUGCUUGAAGUAAACGGUAACGAUGAUCUCCUAGUCAGGCAUCCUGCCACUAAAUCCUCGUGA